AUAAUUAUGUAUCAAACUGAGGAAUCCAUCUCCUCUACUUUCUCUACCUUCCUUUGUUUUUUGCUUUAAAAAAAUAAAAAAAAAAACCAUCUUUUUUUGGCCCAUUUUUUUGUGUUUUUAAGUAAGGCAUUUCUCAAAGGUCUCAACUUUUCGCAUACGUGGGAGCUCCUCUUCUUCUUCUUCGUUGUUGUUGUUGUUGCUGUUGUUUUUGUUUUGGGGUGUUGGGCGGGGGCGGGGGGAGGGAGGUGUCAAAGGUGGGAUCUUUGAUGAGGGUGGUGGAGAGUGGGGUGACUCCGGAGUUGGCUUCUGGGACAAGCAGCAAAACCGCUUCCAGGAAAAGCCGGAGGCGCCAGAAGAAGCCGGGGCCCAUGACCCCGCCCGUCCAACGGCUGUUCGACACGUGUCAGGAGGUCUUCGCCCACGGCGGCGCCGCCUCCGGCGCCGGCGCCGGCGCCGUGCCCCCACCCGAGGACGUGGCUCGGCUCAAGUCCAUUUUGGACGACAUGACCGGAGCAGACGUUGGUCUUACUCGGAACAUGCCCUACUUCCGUAAUAUCAGUUCUCAAAGAGCGCCUCCAAUAACGUACUUGCACGUUUAUGAGUGCGACCAUUUCUCGAUCGGCAUUUUCUGUUUGCCUCCUUCUGGUGUCAUUCCACUCCACAAUCACCCAGGAAUGACGGUCUUCAGCAAACUUCUGUUUGGCUCCAUGCAUAUCAAGUCCUACGACUGGGCUGAUGUUCCUCAAAACCCCAUCGUUCAACACAGAGAAGCCCGUUUGGCGAAGUUAAAGACUAAUGCUGUCUUUACGGCUCCUUGUGAGACCUCCAUACUAUAUCCUGCGGACGGAGGUAACAUGCACUGCUUUACUGCAAUGACGUCUUGUGCGGUGCUCGAUGUCCUCGGUCCACCUUAUUCUGACAAUGAAGGCAGGCACUGCACAUAUUACAACGAUUUCUCCUAUGCGAGUUUUCCUGGAGAUGCGGCGUUGGUGACUGGCGAAGGUGAGGGAUACGCAUGGCUGGAGGAAAGAGAGAGACCUGAUGAUGUUCUUGUGGUCGGGGCGAAAUAUAGGGGUCCAAGAAUCGUGGAACAUUAAUAGAAAUUGCUUUGGAUUUUUCUUUUUUUUCAGCGAAGCGAAGGGGAAAAAAAAAAUAAAGUCUAUCCUUUUUGUUGUACAUACAUUGCUAAAACAAGGAUAGGAGAGGAGAAUCUCAAGGUACAAAAAAGAUGAUGAUGCGGUCGGCUUCGAUCUUCUUUUGUUUCUUUAGUGAAGCAAAAUUAGAAGGAUGCCGGUACCGCAAGAAUCAUGUUUCAUUAGUGGGUUCCGAUUCAACGCAACCUGAUUUUGUGCAAUAACAAUGGAGAAAGAUGCUUAAUAAAUUAAUGGACAGUUUUCUUUGUGCUUCCCUGAUUCUGAAUAUAUAAAGAUGUACUGUACUGGUUCUGAAUUGCUUCUAUUUUUUUUUACUCCUA